UCCUCUCAUCCUUUGUUCCUUCAGCAAGCACUGUUGCUAUUAGAUUUCCAAUUUUCCCUACAUACUAAAUGACGAGCAACCACGGCCAGCCGGAGGAUCAUACAAUUAAUAUUCCCGGGGCUGAGAAAUCGGAAUUCAUCAAGAAAAAGAUCCAGGAAUUUAAGUCGGCCAUGGAUGGUUUCCAAAACCAGGGAGGAGGUUCAUCAUCUCAGAGAACCAAACCGUUAAUACAAAGAGUUCCACCUGUCCUACUCAACAUGAAGGAGGAUUUUAAGAAAUGCUUUGAGCCAAGGCUGGUAUCUCUCGGCCCUUUGCAUCAUGGUGACCCCAGGUUCCAGCGUGCAGAGGUGUCGAAACUUCAAUUUGCGGCUUUCUUUGCGCUUGAGAACAAAACUGAUGGCGAUACUCUGUUCGGUAAGAUAAAGGCGGAGAUAGAAGAUUUGAGGAAGUGUUAUAUGUCGGACGACACUAAAGACUACGACGAUGAGAAGCUAGCAUGGAUGCUGUUCAUAGACGGUUGUGCGGUGUUGUGCGCCAUAAGCUGCGGUAUGGAAGGUAAGUUUGACAAGUUGAAUACUAAACCAGAUCUUCUGGUUUUUGCGCAACUUGAUUUGUUUUUGCUAGAAAACCAAAUUCCUUACAAAGUCCUCCAGAUUUUGAUUGGCUCGGCCAUUAAUCCCCAAAAGUGGAAAGAGUCUCUCAAAGGCUUCAUAGCUCAGAACCUUAUAACAAACAUACAAGGUGAGCACAAGAGCAGAAAUGCAGUAAAAGACCCAGAGACGGAAGAUUAUGCUCACCUCCUGGAGUGGUUACGGGCGGAGCACCUUGUAGGAAAAGAAGUGAAGAGGGAGAGUAGCAUGAUCGGAAAGAUGCUUCUGUCGUGUGGAGACAGCCGAAUGCACAGGAAAACCUUUCGUAGCGUCAAGGAGCUUAGAGAAUCAGGGAUUCAUGUGAAGCCCACCCAGACGAUCAACCUCGAGACCAUUUACUUCUACUGCAAGUGUCUGGGAAAACUAAUGAUGCCACGCCUCUUGGUGGAUGACUCGACGGUCUCCAAGUUCCUGAACUUGGUGGCCUUAGAAACGUGCCGGGAUUUCAAGAACGAAUUCGAGAUUACCACUUACUUAUGCUUCCUUGACUCUCUCAUCGAUACAGCGGAAGAUGUUAAAGAGCUGCGAGUUACAGGAAUGCUUCUCAACUAUUUGGGCAGCGAUGAAGAGCUAGCUGAUCUUUUCAAUAAAAUGAGCAGGGAUUUGGUGCCUGACCAACAGAGGUACUAUGAAGUGGUACAAGACAUUCACAAGUACUGCAACAAUCCCUGGACGGCUGCCCUGACUCAUAUCUAUAACACACAUUUUAGUAGCUCAUGGAGUUUCCUUGCCUUUUUGGGUGCCAUUGUAGGGCUUCUUUUCUCUGCUACUCAGGCUUACUUCUCAUUGCCGCAGAACCGACAGUAAAAUCCGUGAACUCCUUGAAACCAGUCCUUUAAAAGAGUGCUUUCAAUGAUCCCUGUCUGUGUGUUUUCUCCCCCAGUAAUCUUCUGGUUUUUUAUAGUAUACUCUGUCCUGCCUCCAUUGUUUCCCAGCU